GGUGCAGGUCACUGCGGUGGCGUUUGUGGGGCCGCUGAUGGUGGCAACUGGCACGGAUCGAGGUGACAUCUGCGUGUACGACAUCUCUACCUUCCGAAUGGAGGCCGUACAGCGGUUCCACGCGGACGAAGGCCACAUCACCACGUUGGCAGUCCGCCUGACUCCACGUCAGGCGCAUGACACGGCCACAGCGGCGGCCCCACGCGGCCUGGACGGCGGCGGUGUGGUAUCAGGACCCAUGGGUCUGCCCUGGCGCACCUCGCCAUCCCGUCCCGCGGGAAUGGGGGCAGGGCUUGGUGGCUUGGACGCCUCUGAGCAGGCCGGCACGGACACGCUGCUGGCCGCCGCCUCCUCCGCCGGCGGGCUGCACGUGUUCCGCGCGGAGGGUGCGGGCGAGCACGCGUGGCGCCACGUGCACACGGGCGCGGUGGCGGGGCAGCCCUUCCUGUCGUACAGCCCGGAUGGGGACUACCUGGCGGUGGGGUCAGGCGCUCACGGAGGCCAUCUCGUGGUUCUCGACGCCAACACGCUUCAGGUGGUUCUGGAGCAGCCCUUCCCCGGCAGCCGGCUGGCGGGUGCGGGCUUCCUGCCUGCCGCCGCGGGGGGCAGCCAGCUGGUGGCGGUGCCGCGGGGGGGGACACUGGCGGGAGGGGUGAGGCUGAGGCUGUACGCGGCGCCGGCCCGGGGCAUGCCCGCCCUGAUUGAGCUCACCCGGCCGCUGCGCGAACCGCACACCUCCUCCGCCUCGCACGGCAGCGGCUGGGAGGCGCAGGUGGCAGAGGGGGAGGACUUCCUCGCAUGGCUGGAGCGAGCCGCCAAUGCGCCGCCUGCAGCCGCCUCCCAGGACGCAACCGCCGCCACUGCUGCUGGCUCUCGGGUUCCGGAGCUCAGUCCCAUUGGCACCCGCUUCGCCCGGGGUGGCGCCGCCGGCAGCGGGGGUGCCGUGAGCAGCCCCCUGGCGCAUGUGCGGGGCAGCCCGCUGCCAGCGGACCGCCGCCGCAGCCCGGAAGCCUGGGCCGCUGCGCUAGGCUUGGGUUUCGGAGCUGGAGGCACUGGGGGUGAUAGCGGUAAUGGUGGGGGCAGCUGGUUGGCGGCGGAUGCAGAGGCGGAGGUGCGUCAGCGAGGGAGUUUGGAGGUGGAGCCGUGGGCUUCGCCUGCAGGGGGGCGGCGUGUGGGUGCCGCACUCGCAACGACGGCAGCCACACUGGGCGCAGAGGAGGAAGCGGAGGCGGUCGUUGCUUUCGCCGCAGCUGCUGGUGACCCGUCAAGAGCUACGGUUGCCAAGGUUGCGAGCGUGGGUGUUGCGAACCGUGGUGGCGGUGGGGGCGGUGCUUCUGCUGCUGCUGCUGCUGGGGCGGUUGCAGCCGGGCUGGCGGUGGUGGAGUCGGGGGCAUGUGCGGGUGCGGAGGCUGAGGCGGGCAGUCCCGCGCGCACGUGGCAGGCGCAGCGGCCCAGCACGCAGCCGGCGGCACGCAGUUGGAUCACGGGGGGGCCACCCAGAACAGACUUCCUACCCCAGCCAACGGCUCCCACUCAAGGCACAUCAACCAUGUCACGCAACCCCGCUCCAGCGCCUCCAAGCGCACGCCAUGCCGCCGCCGCAGCAGCCAGCAAGCGUACGCACCUAGUAACCCUGGGUGCGGGUUGCAUUGAUGAGGAUGCCGAGGCCGAGGCGGCUGCCGUACAGGAGGAGGAUGAGGAGGGCGCGGAGGGGGAGGGGGAGGGGCUGCUAUCGGAGGAGCCGGAGCUGCCGCACUCGGGCACACUGCUGCCGGCGUCGGGCAUUCCUGCCGCCAAGAACUCAGCCAGCAGCAGCCGCUACGCAGCCGCUCCCUCCCUGUACGAUGAGGACGAGCAGGAGGCGGAGAUGGAGGCGGAGGAGCGACCCAGGCGGCCUCUGGUGCAGGGCCGGAGCCAGGAGGCGCCUCUCGGGAGGGCUCGGGAGGGAGGGCAGCAGCACCAGCAGCCACCACUGCAUUGUGGCGCGGCGGCAGGUGGAGCCCAGGCGGGCGGCAUGCAGCUGGGGGGUGCCGCUGGGGGCCCAGGCGGCUGGCUUGCGGGCAGGGAGGACGCGGAGCCCGGCGUGGAAGCGACGCUUGGGGGCGCUGGAGGCGAUGUGUUGUCGUACGGAGGAGGGGCUGACGAGGCAGGGGGAGGACUGUACGACUCCAGCUGGCGUGAGGGCGACCUGACCAUGACUGGACCUCAGAUGUUCGGGUCCUCCCUGUCCGCUGCCGGCCGGGGCGCGGGCAGCUCCCUCACCCACGGCAGCGCCGGCGGGGACGACUCCCUGUCAACCGCCAGCUUCCACUUCCAGAUGCCUUCGCAGCAGCAGCAACGCCAGCAGCAGCAACAGCCACUGCUCGAGGAAACUGCACGCCUCAACCUGGGACCAAGCAGGGACACGGCGCUUGCUGGUGGCCAACGCGUGUCGUCACCUGAACCGAAGGCAAACGACCCAUGGGUCGGCGGCAACAGCAAUCCUUAUCUGCACGGCUACGGCUACAGCAGUUACAGCCACAGUGACGCGGCCGGUGCAGCGGCAAUGGAUGCUGAUUAUGAGGGUGCUGGCGCCGACCCCCUGCUUGCCCGCACCGCUUACUUCAGCGCUGACCAGCUGGCAUCGGACGGAGGGCUGCCAGAGGCCAUCAGCCUCGGUCUGGGAGUCGCCCUAGGGCCUGCUGGUGGAGGUGAGGACGCUAGUGGUGAGGGCGGCAGCAGCAGCAGCGGGCAGCAGCCGUAUCAGUCGCCGUGGCAGCAGCUGCUGCAGGCGGGUCUGGGCGGGUGCGGGG